AUGGCCGACUUGUCAGCCCACCGGCCACGGCCGUUCGAGGCAGGCAGGCACUCUGCGAACCUCGACCGGGCCUCGCCAUCCUCCUUCAACACACCACGCUUCUCCUCACCGCUAGACUCGGCAAAUUUCCCGCGACUACAUGGCCUGUAUCACGAGAGCCUCGUUUGCCUCGUGGCGUCAUCGUCCCUGUUUCGUACCUCGCGCGCCUUUGUCGCCGACGUGCUCCGUCCAUCCUACGCCGCCAUGGGCAAGUUCAAGGUUCCCGCGUGGCUCCAUGCGCCCGCUUCGGCCUCCAGCUCGGACAAAGAGGCCGGCAAGCAGAAUCGGCGUUCCUUCUCCGGCUUCGCCCACCGCCGAUCCAGAUGUGAAACCGGACGACCGGUCCUGGAAGAGUCCCGAGGGACCGACUCGUCUCGCCUCGUCGUCCUGGCGAGGAAGAUAGCUGCCGAGACGGAGAACCUCGACAGGUACCUCGGCAACAAUAGCCUGCCCCAGCCCGGCUUCGGCAUCGACGCGCCCGACGAUUUCCCUCCCCUCCCGGGCCAUGUCCAGCGAAGCAGACAAGAGAUCAUCUGUGCCACGAGGGAGCUCGAGAGCUUGGUGCGAGGUCCGAGGGAGACGGUGAGAUGGGGCGUCUGGAGCUACCUCGAUACCCUGAGCCUACAGCUCAUCAACAGCUACGGAAUCGCCAAUCUCGUUCCCCUCGACGCCCCCAUCUCCCUCGUCGAGCUGCAAACCAAGACGUCCCUCGACCCCAUUAACCUGGCCCGUGUUCUCCGUCAUGCAAUGACCAACCGCGUCUUCCACGAGCCCUCUCCCGGCGUCAUCGCCCACACGGCCGCCUCGCGCCUCCUCGCCCGAGACUCGGCCCUUCAGGACUGGGUCGGCUUCAACUCGGAGGACAUCUUUCCCGCCGCCGGCAAGGUGCUCACGGCGCUGCAGAAGCACCCCGAGGCCACGUCCCUUACGACGACGGGCUUCAAUUUGGCGUUUGGCACCGAGGAGCCUAUGUUUGUGACGUUUGGAAAGGAGCCCAUCCGCGCGAGGCGAAUGGGCGGCGCCAUGGCGAGCCUCACCGGCGGCGAGGGCUAUGAGGUGAAGCAUCUGGUCGACAAUUACGACCUCGCCGACGUGGAUGCCGCUCAAGGAACCCUGGUCGACAUCGGGGGCAGCCAUGGCUUCGUCUGCGUCGACCUCGCCCGGAGGUGGAAGCGGAUGAGCUUUGUCGUGCAGGAUCUCCCCAAGACGGUGGAAAGUGCACCGGAGCCCAUCUGUGACGACGAAUCCGUCUCGAACAGGAUUCGGUUCCAGGCUCACGAUUUCUUUACCGAACAACCGGUCAAAGACGCCGACGUCUACUUCUUCCGUUGGAUUAUUCACAACUACUCGACGCCCUACGCCGUCAAGCUCCUCAAGAACCUCGUUCCGGCGCUGAAGCCCGGCGCACGCGUCGUCAUCAACGAUCACUGCCUUCGGAAACCCGGUUCGGAGGAACCCUGGGAUGAGCGGCUGAUACGCAGCAUGGAUUUGGUGAUGUUGACGCUGCUCAACGCGCAGGAACGCGAAGAGCACGAGUUUCGUGCGCUUUUCGCAGCCGCGGACGACCGCUUUGUCUUCAAGGGAGUCACGAGGACCGAGGAUUCGAGGAUGAGUGUCGUCGAAGCUGUUUGGGAGCCGAGUGAGGUCAACGGUGCAUUGAUCGAGAAUGGGCACGCGGUGGCCUCGAGCGAGAAAGAGAAUACGAGCAAGUGA